AUGUCCCUAUUUGAAGUUGAAGGCUGGGAUUUGGGAACCGCUAAGGUUAAGAAAGGUGGAAUUCCCAAGCAGAAGAACAAAAACAAGGGGAAAAAAGAAGAGAAGCCAUACCAGAGGGACGACAGAUCCCAUGGUGGAAGAGAUGGAAAAGACAGAAAGUUUCAGGAUAAAGGUGAUAGAAAAGACAAGAGACAUGAUGGGAGAAGAGAUGAUAGAGAUAUGAACACUCGCAAAGGUCCAAGAGACUCUAAAGAUUUUGGAAACAGAGACUCAAAGGACGGAAAGAGAAAACACGAUAGCGAUGAAAGAAGCACUAAGAAACCCAAAGUAUCUGACCCAGAGUUGGAGAAGCCUUUUGAUGCCGAAACUGAGAAGCCAGAACUUGUUUCUACCACUACAAAGCUCACUCCACUUCAACAGAAGAUGAUGCAAAAACUAAGUGGAUCAAGGUUUAGAUGGAUAAACGAACAACUUUACACCUCAACAUCUGUUGAUGCUUUGGAAUUGAUCCAAAAGCAACCAUCCUUAUUUGACGAGUAUCACCAGGGAUUCAAGAAUCAAGUCGAAGGCUGGCCCGAAAAUCCAGUUGAUAUUUUUGUUAGAGAUAUCAAGGAGAAGACCCUCAAGAGAAGGGUGAACUCUCCUGGUGGGUUGCCCGGUAUCAAUCACACCAAAGAGGUUGUUAUUGCUGAUAUGGGUUGCGGAGAGGCUAAAUUAGCGCUGGAAGUAUCCAAGUUCUUGAAGCAGAAUAAAAGGAAGAAUUUUGAAAUCAAAUUGCACAGUUUUGAUCUCAAGAAGGUGAACGAUAGAAUAACGGUUGCUGAUAUAGCCAAUGUUCCUUUGGCCGACGAAUCAUGUUCCGUUGCGAUUUUCUGCCUGGCAUUGAUGGGUACCAACUUUCUGGAUUUUAUCAAAGAGGCCAACAGAAUUUUGAUUCCAAGAGGUGAAUUGUGGAUCUCUGAGAUCAAAUCGAGAUUUUCGGAUGGAAAGGGUGAGGAGUUCAUCAAUGCCAUCAAGUUAUGUGGAUUCAGACACAGAACCACCGACGACUCAAAUAAAAUGUUCACGAGAUUCGAGUUUUUCAAGCCCUUCGAUGACAAUUCAGCAAGGCCAAAAACGAAGUUUAUUAACGCAGAGUCGGAUCUGGAGAAGUUGGAGGCUAAGAGAGGGAAGGCUCCAGAGGGUCAAUGGUUGUUGAAACCUUGUAUCUACAAGCGCAGGUAA